AUGGGUUCUAUAGGGCGUGAGAAAAAAGUGACAUACAUUGAUGUCGAUGAUGAUGAUGAACCUGAUAUAUGUAUUCUUGAAGACGGCCCAAGACCUCGCCGGUCUGCACCCGCUACUCCUCCUCCAGUUCAUCACAUGGGACACAAUAAUAAUACUAACAGUCCUCAAAGUGUCGAUAAUGAAGAAGACGCUGAUGAAAGCAAUGUUUAUCGAGCUGCAUUGGAGGAUCUUUCGGAGCCAAAAUUAGAGGAGGCAUGUGCCCCUGAGGGUUCAUUGAAAGUCCCACUUAUGAAACACCAGCGGAGUGCUUUGUAUUGGAUGAUGCAGAAAGAGACCAAAAGCAUGCACUGCUCUGGAGGAUUUCUUGCCGAUGACCAGGGUUUGGGUAAAACAAUAUCAACAAUUGCUCUUAUGCUCUCAGAAAGGUCGCCAUCAUCCUCUAGUGUUCCUACUGCUCAAGUAGAAAAAGAGAUUUUCAAUUUAGAUGAUGACGACGAUAAUGAGCAAAAAGCCAAGACGGAAACUAAUGGAAGUUGUACGAAUACAAAAAGUACACCAGCUGCAGGGACUCUUAUUGUAUGCCCUACUAGUGUUCUUCAUCAAUGGUACGAUGAGUUGCAGAACAAAGUAAGCAACAAAGCUAGGCUUUCAGUGUUAAUGUAUCAUGGUGCAAACCGAACCAAGGACCCAUCUGAGCUAGCCAAGUAUGACGUCGUCCUGACGACAUACCCGCUUGUGACGAUGGAGGUUCCAAAACAGCCCCUUGUUGACGAAUCAAAUGAAAAUGCAUCAGAAAGUAGCCAUAACGGAUAUGCAAAAAAAAGGAAAUAUCCUCCAAAACCCAAUAAGGUUUCAAAGAAAAGGGGAAUGAUAUUUGAAAGUCUUGCUCGUCCUCUUGCCAAGGUGAGAUGGUUUAGGGUUGUACUGGAUGAGGCGCAGACUAUUAAGAAUCAUAGAACACAAGUAGCUAGGGCUUGUUGGGGUCUCAAAGCUAAACGUAGGUGGUGCUUGUCCGGGACCCCGAUCCAGAAUGCCAUCGAUGAUCUUUAUAGCUAUUUCAGAUUCUUGAGAUAUCAACCAUAUGCUGUUUAUAGAUCAUUCUGCUCUACCAUAAAAGCCCCCAUUCAAAAGUGUCCUGAGGCCGGGUAUAAGAAGUUACAGAUUAUCUUGAAGACUAUAAUGCUUCGGCGCACCAAAGCUACACUUCUUGAUGGGAAACCAAUAAUAUCUUUGCCACCCAAGACCAUUAGUCUUAAGCAAAUUGAUUUCACCGCCGAGGAGCGUAGGUUCUACGCUGAGCUGGAGGCUGAAUCUAAAGCUCAGUUUAAAGAAUAUGAAGCAGCUGGUACCAUUGAACAAAACUAUGUUAGCAUACUGUUGAUGCUGUUACGCCUAAGACAAGCUUGUGAUCAUCCUCUACUUGUUAGACGCAACUCAAAAUCCGAUGACUCGAUAUCAUCUCUAGAAAAGGCAAAAACGCUUCCUCAUGAAAAACGAACCCAUCUCUUAGAUUGUUUAGAAGCAUCUUCAGCUAUAUGUAGCAUAUGCAGUGAUUCAUGUGAAGAUCCGGUCGUGACAACUUGUGGGCAUGUGUUCUGCAAUCAAUGCAUCCUUGAACAUCUCUUUAGUGAUGAAAGUUGUCCAUCUUCAAAUUGCAAAGCUACGCUGAGCACUUCAUCAGUAUUUUCCGCAUCCACACUCAGGAGUUCGCUUCAAGAUCACCAACCUAGUCAGAGUAUUGAUAUUUCAGCCAUAAUGAAAGAGGUGAAAGCAGAAGUGAAAUCUGAGGUACUGGAUGAACCUUGUUCAUCAUCCAGUGGAUCUGUUAAUUUUAAAAGGCAAGAGGCAGCUGAGGCGCUUGAGUCAUCUAAAAUCAAGGAAGCCGUUGAGGUCCUAAAGUCUGUUGUUAAACCCCAGGAAAUAGGUAAGGUGAGAGAGAAAGCGAUUGUGUUCUCACAGUGGACAAAAAUGCUGGAUAUGGUUGGAGCUUGCCUGGAUGAUUCUUCCAUCAAAUACCGAAGACUUGAUGGAACAAUGUCUAUUCUUGAUCGAGAUAAAGCAGUGAAAGAUUUCAACAAUCGCCCAGAGGUUACUGUUAUGAUCAUGUCUUUGAAAGCUGCUAGUCUUGGGUUGAAUAUGGUUGCUGCUUCUCACGUUCUUCUUCUCGAUCUGUGGUGGAACCCCACAGUUGAAGAUCAAGCCAUUGAUAGAGCUCAUAGAAUUGGGCAGACUCGUCCUGUUUCUGUUUUGCGGUUUACUGUUAAAGAAACUGUCGAAGAUCGUAUUUUGGCACUUCAGGAAAAGAAGAGAUCUAUGGUCGCAUCUGCAUUUGGGGAGGAUGGGACCAGGAUAAGUCGGACUCGCCUUACGGUUGACGAUUUGAGAUACCUCUUCCAUUUCUAAUCCACAGGUUCUUAGAUGGUUCGGGCUGAUAUAUUGAGUUAAUAUAUCUUCAUAUAACGACUUUAUCAUGCCAUCAGAACAAUCUGGCAUAGCAUAAAAACUACUCGUAUUUGGAAGUGUGACAUGAUACUUUAUUAUUAUUUACACUAGGGAACGUUUUACAGCUGAAAAGAUUUAAAUAUGUGUGUGUAUUUUUGUUGUCUCGGUAUGGUUUAUAGAUUAGACUGAAUCUAUUUUAGCCAACUCGA